AUGCCGAAAGCUAUUUCUUCUAAAGACUCUCUUUCUUUCGCAUUUCUCUGCUCCCGGGCCGCAUACCAGAGGCGCUCUGAAGUAAUUCUACAUUGCCCUCUGGAACAUCACAUGAGGCAACCGAGAAUGCUGGCACAAACAACACGACAAAAGGUUUUAGUUGGUCCUCGGCUGCUUAAGCCCUCGAAGAUCGGACAAAGGAGCGUUAGAAGAUUUCCUGAUAAGAGCUCUCUUCAGAGGGCCGAAGAGUUGUCGAGGAAAGAACCCGUCACGCACGUGUUCCUCAACGCGUUGAAGAGGACUGGAAGCGUUCGAGGAGAAGACAUCCCGUACGCCCUGGGACUGCCCCUCACCGGAGGACUGCCGCACUUCCCCCAGAACUACACUGCCGAAGACAUCGCCGUGUCCAAGCGCUUCAUCCACUACCUGGCCAACUUCGCCAGGAAAGGCUAUAAGGGUUAUAUUCAACUUUCGAUCAGCACCCGAAUACGAGAACGUAAAAGUAAAAAUUGUAUUGAUUGA